AUGCCGAGAGAAAUCAAGAGUGGGGACUCGAGUCCCGGAAGCGAACCCGUGGAAAUCGCUGGUGAAACGGACGAAGGAUUCGUGCAAAUCGAGAACCGCAAACCGAAAUCCCCGGCAAAAACAGCUGUCGUUUCUUCUUCGUUUCCCGUUGUGCAAGAGCCGCCGAAAAAGCCGCAAAUCUCCGCCGCAGUUGGAGACGUGCCGCUGGAAGGGCCUAGUGGCGGUUCUGGUGACGCCGACGAGGAGGUGGGUGGCGGCGGCAGUUGGUGGGGCGGGUUGCCGGAAGGAGUCCCAAGAUCAGAGUCGUCGCAAAGCGGGUCCUGGAACCUUGGUGGAUGGCUGCAGAUGGCGAAGGAUAAGACAGUGGCCGGGGCCACUUCGGCAGCCGGCGUUUUGGACCUGGUGCGUCGGGACUUGUCGGAAUUCACGCUAGAAACCGGGUCCGUCGUGACGUCGACUGCGUCUCGGUUGGGAGACAAACUCCACAUUUCCGACGGCGUGUCGAGUGUGUUUAAUGCAGUUUCGGGAGCGUUCUACAUUCCGCCGGAUGAUGACGACGAUGACGUUGCCAUGGUUGUAGGUGGCGAUUCCGUGCCGUUGGACCGACUGGAGAAGGAACUCAUCGACCUCAUGGCUGAUGUUAAGACUUACACUGAGGAUCCGGAGGAUGCCAGCUAUGCGGAUUGGAGUGCCAAGUUUGACUCGGCAGCCAGACAGCAGGAAAUGUCGGAUUUGCUGGUGAAAUAUCAAAUGUUACGUAUGCACUACAAAAAGGUCGUGCCGGCUCGUGCGACCCACGCGGAGUUUUGGCAGCGUUACUUUUUCAAGGUGGAACAGAUUCGUGCUGCAGACGAGAAACGUAAAGAAAUUAAAAAGCGAGCUGAAGAAGCCAUUGUGGAUGUCGGGAAAGAAACGAGCGACUGGGACGACGAUGUCAUGUGAAGCAGAUGAAAAAAAAAGAAAGCGUAACACGGCGGAUAUAUUGGCGUUGUUUCUAUGAGUUACACAAAUCGUGUGUCGCUGAUGAUUUUCUAAGUAGUACCCGGCAUAUCAGCGAGGAAAUAGCCCUUAAGGAGGUUAUUUUUUGUUUGUAUUGUUGGUAUCGGGGAGGAAAAAAAAGGUCACGUGUGAGGUUCUGUCUCUCCUUUCGCACUGGUGGGAAAAAAAAGAAACCUUUAAUUUGUAGUAGUUCUUCUGCUUCCUCGUGUGGCGUUCCGGGGGAAUAAAUUAUCGAGUGCUUGGAAAUUUCUCAAAUCGAUUGAUCAAGUCUGAAAUCUUCGUGUAAAUGCCAAGUACUAGAUGCGAUUGUUCACCUUUCGAAUCCAAUUUUUUUGUGAAAAUUACGAAGCUGAUGGAUUGUCGACUGACUGGAAGCCCGUUUUGUGAUGCGCUUUUUUUUCCGGAUGCGAACUCGUCAGGGAUACCUUUUUUUAAUGAGUGAAUGAGCUGGAGUUCGGUUGCACAUUUUACGGGAGCUUCCGUUUUGUAUGGGGUGUCCAAAAAGUUCCGGUGCUGGAAGAAAAGACAAACAUUUCUGUUGUUCAUGUUGCAAGGGAAUUCUGGUGCGGGUAGAUUUCGCUGGCAUCUAAUUUAAGGUUUUUGUUUAUCCGAACAAGUUACUGAAAGAAUACUUCGUCGAGGAUUCAUUCUUUUUGCGAGAUUCGUGAAUUGGGAAAUUGUUUCAGCUAAAUAUUCAAUUUUGUGCUUGCAUUUUACUGAACACAUUUCUAAAAGAGCAUAAGAAAUGGCGCACAGCAACUUUUUGGACACCCUGUCGGUGGACCUUGGGGUAACAAUGUAUUGAUAUACCAGCAAUUUUCUUUUUCGAAAGGGAGGGAAAUCAAGAUUGUAUGGGUUUGACUGUGAUACGAAUUGACCCCUGAAGUUCGUUUUUUUUUUUCUUUUUGGGUGCUGGGUUGGAAAACAAAGCAUUGGCUCGUAAUUCCAAGUUUGAAUGUUCGAAGAAAAAGAGAAAAUCACGGAUUGUAGCAUUGAAUUUUGUAUCGCAUGGUUUGCCCAAUUACGAUAACUUUAUGCGUGUGUCGGAGCGCCAAAAUUUACUCCUGCUAUAUUUUUCUUCCGGCUCAAGCUCGUGCUGUUCGUUUUGUGUCCGCUUGAUUUCAAAAUUUAACAACAAAGAAACGGAUUGGAAUGUAUCGUGAUUCGGUUUUUUAGUAA